UGCUACAUGCAUGCUGGAUAUACGUGUACUUGUACAUUGUUAUUGUGUACCGCUUGGGUGAUGAGACACCUGUGAUGUGAUGUUGAGAUUUCAGUGAAUUUUUAACUGGGAAAUUACGCUUAAAACUUGGAUAUUUGUGGUUGAAUCAUGGCCAAACCUGUACAUCGCGCUAGCCAAGUCCUGUGGAAUGAUUAGUUGAGCAUGAGAUGCAGAGAUUGAACCUUCAACCUUAAAAUCAAGUGUGCGAGUCAAAGAAUAAAACUUACGAGCAGACUUAAAGGAAUCACACAACCCGUCUCUGAAUGGCAGGCAUUGGAACAUUAAACUCUGCGUUUGAACGGAUGCAGAUGGCCAGUCCCUCAUCCUAUGAGUCCGGUGGUUCAUCCUCAGCGAGCAUGAGUCACUCCUCAAACUCACGCUCCAACUCCUCGGCCUCCCGGAACUCGUCCAUCUCGCGCAACUCGUCAGCCUCGCGAUGCAGUCGGGCCAACCACAGCACGGGCCACGACUGGGAUGGGGCCCACCGCGGCAGCUUAGACACACUCAACACCAGCGUCGCCGAGGAGUUUUUAGAGUACGGCGAGCGGCUCGACCGCCUGACGGAACUGGACAAAGUCCCCUGGGGGGAGCGGCACGUCGCACGGGUGCUGCAGACCGACCGCGUCCGACAGAUCAUCAAAGCCAUCCCUUAUGACGUCAUACAGAGGUUAUCCUACCUCCUGCAGCGUCCCUUGGUCAGAAUCGCCAAGGAAGCGCAACGGCUGAGUCUUGCUUACGGCAAGUGCACCAAGAACGAAAUCCACACCGCGAUCAAGCUAAUCCUAUCCCAACCCUUGUCGGAAGUCUGCCUGUCGGCCGCGCUGCGCGCCCUCUCGCUCUUCCAAAUGAGCUCCGAGUGCUGCCAGGACAGUAAGAAAACCCGCGCGGGGCUCACGUUCCCUGUCGGCCGAUUCUACCGCUGGCUGGUCGACACCAAAGUCUCGACCCGCGUGGACAACCACGCCGCUGUGUACCUGGCCGCCUGCAUGGAGACGCUCAUGGUGGAAACGUUUUGCCGCGCCUGCGUGGACUACGAGAGGUCCGAUGGCGAGCUCACCCUUGCAGUCUUGGAGUACGGCAUCGCCAAUGACAUGAACCUGUGGGGUAUCUUGCAACCAUUUGAAUAUCUGAUCUGUGGCAGGAACUCUUCAGGUAAGCCUGCUUGAUUUCUUCUUUUUGUU